GUUGUGGACAAUUUCUUAGGACAGACAGAGAAGCCUUCUCCAGACUUCGCCUCACGAAUAUAAAUAAAGAAGCAAAAAGUACUCCCGUCAGACUUCCCAUAUUUCUCUAUGAACCAGACCCCUCCUCCAGAUCGCCCUUCUCCAGACCACAAAUCCAUAUACUAUUCGCUAGGGCCAUGACUCGUCGGGAUGUGCAUUGACUUAUUCCUUCAGGGAAUAUUGACGUCCCAAUUCUUCAAUUAUUACUCUUGGUACGGAAGAACGGACGGUCCGGUAUUCACUAUACCCGUUGGGAUUCUUUCCAUCAUGACCACGCUCAAGUCUAUUCAGGCAUUUGCCAUCGUUUGGGUGCAGCAAAUACAGUAUUUCAACGAUGUUACCAGCGCUUUGCAAAUGAGGUUUGUUGUCUGGUAUCAAAUCGGUAAUCCGCUCAUGGUUGCCCUGAUCGCCUUCUACGUUCAAUGUUACUUCUGCUAUCGUCUUUGGGCUGUGUCCAAGACAUGGUACGUUGCCGCGCCAAUUGGGCUACUCUACAUACUUUCGGUCAGUAGUGUUUGCGUCGCGACAUAUUAUAUAGUUCACUCUGAUCCAUUGCUGGCGCACUGGCUAUCGGUGCAUUAUGCUACGGUCUCUAUUGGUGAUCUUCUACUCGCGGUGUCCACCGCCUUCUUUCUCCUUAGAACGAAGAACAGCGUACUGCCUCAAACCGUGGGUCUGAUCAAUUCACUCGUCCGGCUCACAUUCCAAACCGCUGCGCCGCCUGCCAUCUGCGUUCUUCUCAACCUCAUCUUCAUCUACCUACCCAAUCCAAACGUCAAAGGUGUAUCGAGUACGUUCGAACAGAUCUUACCGAAACUGUACGGUGUCAGCAUGAUGUGGACGCUCAAUUCAAGGAGGAACAUCCGGCCGACGCAGAUUACCUACAGCUACGACACAUCAAGUCGCGAUGCACCUUGGACGGGUUGUUCGAGGUCACGAAGAAGGCAUGAUGAUAUUGCAAUGGGAGGCAUAUUAAAAUUUUCCAAUAUAUCGGGCAUACAGGUGGUGUCACAUAUGGAGGCUUGUUUUUAUUCUGGGUUCGUACAAACUGCGGAAUGUUAAUACUGAUAGUUAGAUUUCGGACAUGUUUCACAACGACCUGGAAAAGCAGAUUUCACCUACAAUUGACGACGAGUCUCUAGUGAUGG